AUGGGUAUCGCUAGGUUUCUCCAGCGCAUCGUGAAGAACGAUGCAAUGAAGGAGGAUCCUAUAGAGAUCUACGGAUGGAGGGUCUUUGCUCUGGCGUGUGCUUCAUGCUUUGGAGGAAUGCUUUUCGGUUGGGAUAUAGGAGCAAUCGGCGGCGUCCUCGCCAUGGAGGAAACCCAGAAGCAGUUCGGCUAUUUCGAAGCAUCCAAGACCGAAAAGUCCAACCAGGACCAGAACAUCGUCUCGACUCUUCAGGGCGGCUGCUUUGCCGCCUGUCUCAUCACCCCAUACCUCACCGACAAGUUCGGCCGCCGCUGGUCCCUCAUCGUCACCGGUAUCAUCACUACCAUCGGCGUCGUGUUCCAAGCAGCCUCGGCUGAGCAUGGAAACUUGCCUCUGAUGUUUGUCGGUCGCUUCGUCGCCGGACUAGGCGUUGGAGCCGCGUCGAUGCUCACGCCGCUUUAUGUCUCUGAGUGUGCCCCAAGAGCUAUCCGAGGAGGCCUUACGGCAUUCUACCAACUAUUUAUUGUCACAGGAACUAUGAUGGCAUUCUGGAUCAACUACGGCUCUCUUCUUCACAUUUCAGGCAAGGCUUUGUACGCCGUACCUCUCGCGCUGCAGGCCGUCCCCGCUGUGCUGCUGUCCAUCGGCAUGUUCUUCUGCCCCGAGAGUCCUAGAUGGUGUGCCAAGCAGGACCACUGGGAAAAGACGAAGAACAUUCUGGUGCGGCUUAGAGGCCUGCCUGGCGACCACUCCUACAUCCAGGGGGAGUUGAACGAGAUGUCUCAGCAGCUUGAAUCCGAGCGCCGUCUUGUCGGAGACGCAACUGCCAUGACCCUCCUCAAGGAGAUGUGGCUUAUUCCUGGAAACAGAAAACGUGCCAUUCUCUCCGUCAUGCUAAUGAUUUGCCAACAAAUGGCUGGCGUCAACGCCAUCAACUACUACGCACCCCAGAUCUUCAAGAACCUUGGAAUGAGCGGCACAGAAGCAUCGCUCUUCGCCACGGGUAUCUACGGUGUCGUCAAGGUCGCGGCCUGCGCGUGCUUCCUCACCUUCGUGGCAGACUCUCUCGGCCGUCGAUGGAGUCUGAUUUGGACCGGUUUUGCCCAGGGUCUGGCCAUGUUCAUUGUCGGCAUCUACGGUCGUGUGAGCCCCCCUGUUGAGGGACAGCCUAUCCCACCCUUCGGCUACGUCGCCAUCACCUGCAUCUUCCUCUGGACCGUCUUCUUCCAGUUCGGCUGGGGACCUUGCUGUUGGAUUCUCGUUUCCGAGAUCCCCACCGCCCGACUACGUGCCAUGAACGUCGCCCUCGGCGCUCUGACCCAGUGGCUGUUCAACUUCAUCAUCGCCCGAACCGUCCUGACGAUGCAGCUGACCAUGGGCUACAAGGGAUAUGGCAUGUUCUUCAUGUUUGGCUCCUUCGGCUUCGCUAUGGGCAUCUUUGUCUACUUCUUCAUCCCCGAAACCAAGGGCUUGAGUUUGGAGAAGAUGGACGAGCUCUUCGGGGUCACGCAGUUGGUCAAGAAGAUCGACGACGAGCCUGAGGCGCGGGUGGGCAGCAUCCACGAGCAGCCGAGCGAAAAGCGACAGUAG